AUGAGGAAGCGGUACCAGAAGGAUCAUCUGUCGAGUCUGAAACACAGCGGAGAGAUCCACGAACAACUGGUCACAUACGACGAGGAGGGAGGAGGAGAGAUGGACACCAACGGUUACGACGUGUCCAUCCUGACCUCGGCCUGUCACGGCGGCUCGCUGAUGCGCCACGCCGACGCCCACCCCUCGCUGUACGCCAUGGUCCAGAAGCCACACCCCCUCGGCCACCAGCCCGCCGCCUGCAAGGGAGACAUGGCCGCCAUGAUCGAGGACAAGAAGUUUGAGGCCGACCACGACCGCGACGGCUUCCCCUACGACACGCUGCACAUCUACGGCUGCGAGGGGGCGGAGUCUGUGGCCGGCAGCCUCAGCUCUCUGGAGAGCUCGUCCACCGGCUCCAACUUGGACUACGAUUUCCUCAACGACUGGGGCCCUCGCUUCCGGACCUUGGCGGACCUGUACGGCGUGAACAGCCACGACUAUUACCACCAGUAUUAA